UGCCUGUUCUUCUCUCGCUCGAAUAUCCAUUCUAUCCUUCACGAAGUCUCUGACGUUUACGACUUGAACCACACCGUCUUUACGACUUGCCAAACGCACAACACAAACACACACCCACACACAUCACAAUGGCCUCCACAAACUACCGCGAAGCAUUCCAGCUCUUCGACAAGCGCGGCAACGGCCGUGUCGACCGCUCUGCCCUAGGUGAUCUCCUCCGCGCCUGCGGUCAGAACCCUACCCUCGCCGAGAUCACCGACCUCGAGCGCGGCGUCGGCGCAGACUUCGACUUCGACACCUUCAGCAAGAUCCUCAACCGCCCCGGCGGAUUCCGCGAGCCAUUCGACAUCGAAGAGUACAUCCGCGGCUUCCAGGUGUUCGACAAGGACCGGAGCGGUUUCGUCGGCAAGGGCCAGAUCAAGUACAUCCUGACCAACCUAGGCGAGAAGAUGAGCGAGGAGGAGGUCGAGGAGCUGUUCAAGAGCACGAUUGACGCCGGCAACGGCGAGGUCGACUACAGGGAAUUCGUCAAGACCAUCGCCGAGAACUAGAUUGUUCCCGUUCCUUCUUCCCGUGUAGUUAUGCCGAGACGACCACCUGAAUAUCCCGGGCCGUCUCUGUUCUUUCCUCUCUGAUUAGCAUGUUACCUACGGCGUUUUCCUUGUUUAUUCCAACCUGUUCGAUGCGAUACUACGACAAUGGUCAUCAUCUUCUUUUUGCUUCUCCCCUCGGUGUCAUCUGGCAGGGAAACUAGGGUAGGGGGGAAUUGGGAAAAAGGAGGGAAGGGGACCAGCGAGGAUUAUGGGGUUAUCUUGCAUCUGGGGGUUUCCUGUCCUGUCCUGUCAUGUCGCUCAUCCGGCAUCUGUAGAAAUGCAAUCCUGAAUCUUCGACCGUCUAUGGUGUUGUGCUGUUUGUGUGUUGUGGCUGUGAAUGUCUGUGAAGAUUCUUCUGUCUUCUAAAUAUUUUUGUUACCAUGAAAUGCCUUCCCUCUGUCCAGGAACUUUCAACAUAUCAUACCAUAUACCUACC